GUUUAUAUAAUAUUUAUUCAAUUUAUAUUUUAAAUUUCUAAUGUUUAAUAUUGGCAGAAACAAUAAUAAAUAGUUGUUAGCCGUGUGAGCAGUAUGUAUUACAAAUUCGUUUCAUUUAAGUUGAAAGAAUCAUAAUAUCCAUCUGUCCACAAAAAUAUUUUUGUUUGUGUAGUCUAUCACACCUUAAUCCUCUUCAAUGAGCUAUAAGUUAUAUGUUAGCACUCAAAAUGAUGUUUUCGGGAAGGAUACUCUCAGUUACUCGGUUAGAUGAAAUUAAAUUUUAUAAAUCUUAAUGUUUUAUUUUGUGAAAAGUGAAAAUGGAUGCUCGCAUUAACGAUUACAGAUUUGAGAGCAUACUCGGCAAGGGAACGUUUGGAAUUGUAUACUUGGUGAGAAGAAAGAAAGACCUUAAGUUGUUUGUUAUAAAAGAGCAAUAUUUAAAUAUAAUUAAUUAUUCGUCUUCUAAGAGAGUGCUAGAAGAAGUACGAUGUCUACAAAAACUGAGACAUCCGAACAUAGUGCUUUAUCACGGGGCAUGGAAAGAAAAUGAUCAUAGCUAUAUUCUUAUGGAGUAUGCAACUCAUUGUACUCUUAAGGAUUUGUUGGAAAAACGGAAAAUACCACUUCAGGAAGAGGAUGCACUCUAUUUAUUUUCACAAGUUACUUUAGGAGUACAUCACAUUCAUUCAAAUAAAAUUCUUCACCGAGACUUAAAACCUGAAAAUAUUAUGUUGACUGGCAGCCGUGGGGACAUAGUUAAAAUUGGCGAUUUUGGUCUCUCAGAAAGUGUUCUAGAAGGAAAGAUAACGUGCCGUGCAGGAUCUUAUUAUUACAUGGCCCCAGAAAUGCUGUCUGCACAGUCGUACGAUCUUAAGUGCGACAUAUGGAGUAUGGGCGUAAUACUAUAUGAGAUGAUUACGAAGAAACUUCCAUUUCCGGCCACGAAUCUAAUAGAGAUUACGACAUUAAUAUACAACUGUCCACCGCAGCCUUUACCGAAACGAACAUCAGCACCCAUGGUGAAUCUGAUAUCAAAGAUGCUGAGGAAACAGAGCUCAUCUCGACCCCAUGUUGAUCAGCUCGUACUUUGCCCUUUUCUUGUUCCUUAUAUUGUUCGAGUAUACCUGAAUUUCGGGCUGCGAUCGCGUCCAGAGAUGUGGUGGAUUUUACUGUUGCUGAGUUGCUGGUCAUGUACCUCAUCCUGGAGCAUGACGUGGUACCCUCCGGUUACCUUAAACGCGAUGCUCGGCGAACAGGUCGACCUCGUGGGUGCUGUUAACGCGACUAACACCCCCGACUGGUCGAGAAACACUGGAAAUAAUAGAGUUAAUGACGCGGUCGAUAGUCCAGAAUCCAUCGAUCUGAUCGAAUCGGCUUCUGUCAAUUCGGUGGAUCGCGAUCGUGAACCGCUAGACGAAGUGGAGCGUAUCGAGCCCAGGCAGUGGCCGGGUAGGCCGGAUAUCCUGCCGACCCGCAGCACCGCACCUUUCACCACGGAAACAUCUCUGCCGUCCAGAUCUCCGCAACCUACUGUACUGGCGCAAAGAAACCCUUCUACGCAAAGAUAUCCCACUGUACCACCACCGACAGUCGCCGUCGACGAAGUGUUUUGUGAAUUCGGACCGAGCUCAUCAAUGCCACUUUGCGAAUGGCAAAAUGGUAACGGCGCCUUAGAUUGGAGCCCAGGUACCGGAUUGGGCACCAACUGGUUGGGUGGACCAGCAGCCGAUGCGAGCGGUACUAUGGAGGGAGGAUACGCUUUUCUCGAGACAUCGCAAGUACCUUCGAAGGAACGGAAAUUUAAGAGCACCGGAGGUCUUCUGCACAGUCCGCAACUGGGCAGCACCGGGGUAUCCGGUACCUGUUUUAUGUUCAAGUACACCAUGGACGGCCUUAGUAUCGCAGGACUGCGAGUACUGCUUCACGUCGGGGUGGACGAAUUCUCGUUUAAGAAAGAAUCCGCUGAAGAACUGCCCGCAGAAAAUAUUACCGCGACGUCCUGCGAGCCGGCAGAAGCCGUAGAGGAGCGCGUGCUGUGGCACGCGCAGUAUUACACGCUCGGAGUGUGGCAGCAAGCCCAGAUACUCUAUACCUAUCCUGAAUUACACUCGAUUGUUAUUGAAGGCGUACCGGUGGAUUCGACGGAUCCGUCGCGUCUAUAUCGCGGGUAUAUCGCCAUCGAUGAUAUAGAUCUGCAGCCUGGCACAUCAUGCGUUGGAUUUUGUAAUUUUGCCGGCGGUUUCUGCGAGUGGAACAAUGACGCUGAAGAUGACUUCGACUGGACCAUAAGCCGCGGUAGCGGAAACCCCGUGACCGGUCCGGCGAUGGACAGUUCCAGCGACCGUGCCACAGCCGGUGGUUACGCUUUCAUCGACUCCGGCUUCCCGCGGAGACCCGGUGACACGGCAAAACUAAUAAGCUCAAACUUUCCGGCAACCAACGCGGACACGCCAAUGUGUAUGCACUUUUGGUUUCACAUGUUUGGUUCCGGAGUCGGUUAUCUGAAGCUUUUUCUGCGUCACUUUCGCGCUUCGGACAACGAGCUCCAGGAGAUUUGGAGUUUAUCCGGGAAUGCUGGCAAUGCUUGGUUCAUGUCGCAGGUCACCAUUAGUUCGCUCGAUGAUUUUCAGUUAGUUUUCGAAGCGUCGAUAGGGAACACCGGCAUGGGAGAUAUCGCCAUCGAUGAUAUCACGUUCGGACAAGGUGCUUGCCCUGUCUCACCGCAAGUAGCUGGUCCGAUACCGCGGGAUUGCACCUUCGAGGUCGACGAAUGCGAGUGGAUCAACUCGCGAGAUCCAGAUCGCGUCGAGUGGGAGAGAGUGUCCACUCAAGUGUUAAGUCCGAGAAAUCAGAGGAAGCCUUACAGCAACGGGCACACAAUCAACCGACGCAACGAAUACUUCUUGGGACUGGGACGUCUUCGUGGCCCGCGAUCGUCCGGAGGUGGUACCGCCCAGCUGGUCAGUCGAGAAAUGAAGGGCUCCGAGGAGCCGCUCUGCAUCACAUUCUGGUACUUUAUGUUUGAGCCGUUCAUCGACUCUACAGGGCCCAGCUUGGGUGUUCUGCGACUAUACAUACAAGCGGUUGGCGAUACUUCGUCAGAAGCUAAGCCGAUAUGGCAAUUAUACAACAACCAAGGUCCCACAUGGAGUUACGCUCAGGCUAACAUCAACGAGAACGCGGACUUCAAUAUCGUGUUCGAGGGUACCUGGGGUCCGAAUAGAGCGACUGGUAGCAUAGGAAUCGAUGAUAUUUCUUUUUACACCGGCAACUGCAGCGUGAGGCCACCGAGCGCGGCUGUUCGCACGGAAGACUGCAGUUUCGAGAAAGGUCUGUGUGGGUGGGAGAACAUAACUGUUUCCGAUAAUGAUCGAGCCGUGAUGUGGCAGCGAGCGUUCCUGACCCACCGACCGGCUCAAUUGUUGGACAGAACGUUCGGGGCGACCGGUGAUUUUGUAUUCUUCGACAUUUUCACAACGAACAAACAAUCAACGAAGGUUCAACUGCGAUCACCCGUUAUCGCCAGUUCGCCCGACGACGAGUUCGUAUGCUUCACCUUUUGGUUCGCCGCAUUUGGCGUGGAAGAGUCCACCGCCCUGCGAGUGGUCAGAGUACCAGAGAAUGCUGACGAAGACGAGCAAGAGCGAUCGUUAUGGUCGCUGACAGCUAAAGGACUCAAUAAUCCGCGACCUGUAUGGAUGGCGGCUCAAGUGUCGAUCGAAGCACGAACCCCGUAUCGGAUUAUUCUCGAAGGAAGUGCUAGUAAUGGAGGCUUUGCUGUCGACGAUAUCAAGUUUCAGCCUCUAGCCUGUGCAACCCGGCCGGCCAGUGCCCAACCUGCUGAAAACGAGACGUAAAAAGUCUAUACGAUAGUAAAAUCAAUUUGUCAGAAUGAAAUGUUAUUUUAUCGACUACUAGCCAUUAUUUAUGUGUAGCAUAUUUUAUAAUGAUAUUAAUAUUGAAUAAAUUAAUAUGGCAAAAU